AUGGCUCGCGGACUCUUUCUUCGUGCCGCUGCGCUCCGCUCGGUGCAAACCGGCGCUGUUCUCUCCCAGCGCUGCGUGGCCGCCUCCACAAGCAUCCAGCUGCGUAGGUUUCGCUAUUCCCAACCUCUUAAUCUGGAGCUGAAUCCAUCCAAGCAGCUUUACACCAUGGAUCACGCAUUCGAGGAGCCGACGUUUCGCUUUAUCUGCGAGGGUGUGGACAUAGACUACAAGGAGGAGGUGCGAGCGGCACUCCUCGAAGUGAUUCCACCAAAGCCGUCAAACUUUACCAGCUGUUCCAACGAGACGUGGAUGCAGGAGAUCACACCACAGCGCACACUGCAGCUGCUUCGUUCUAUCGCUAAGAGGCAGCUGCUCUCGUUUGCGCAGAUAAAGUCAACCCCACAGUUAUUCUCGGCAUUCUUUGAGACCUUGGCAAUGUGCAACAGUGCGUUGGCACUCGUUUCGGCCGACCACUUCACGUUCGCGGCAAUGGUAGCGACACACGGGUCAAAGGAUGUACAGGUGACGUUACUAGAUGAUGUAGACAGUUGCAGCAUCCUUGGUGCGAUUGCGCACAGAGAGCUCAUCGCGGAAGGUAUUCCAUUGAACACGGAGGCGCGGUACGACAAGGAGGAGAACUGCUUUUUCCUCCGAGGAACAGGUAAGUUCGCGGUUGUGGCAGCGGCGUUUGCGGAUUGGGCUAUCGUCACAGCAACCGUAACUCUCAAGAAGGAGGACAACCACGGACCGCAUGCUUUUGUCGUGCAGCUGAGAGAGCGUGGUGCCUUAAGAAAGGGAGUGAGUGUUAGGCCCAUACAAGGUGAGCAUCCAACGAUGGGUGCGAGUGGUGUUGGUGUCAUACACUUCGACAACGUUCGUAUACCCGUCACAGCGCUGCUGCUUCCGUCCCAGAUUGUGAACGGAGAGCUCACAACAAUAGGAGAUGUUGACACACCAACAUCGCUGCAGGUGUUGACGCAGCAGACACGCUUGGCGACUGCCGCACUCUACGCUGGGACGCUGAAGAAGUUCUUGACGGAUAUAAUUCAUUUUAUCUCACAGAAAGAUAUCGUGGGUCCAGACGGACGGCGCAAUUACCCUUUCUUUGGGGUGCAGCACGUGCAAACACCUCUCGUCAAGAUUCUUGCGAAAUCGUACGCGUACUUGGCGUGCUGGCGGCGUGUGCUAACAGCUUUCACCAAACCAGCAGAAAAGCAUCCCACCUACGAGGAUGAGAUGAAACUUGCAGGGACUAUCCACUUCUUGCAGGAGAGUUUGUUGGAAUUGCAUCAGUUUGCAGAUAACUUCAUGGGUGUCCAUGCUUCAGUUAGUAGCACUGGCAACAGUGAUGCCGUCGUUAUGGUGCACCUACGACAAGAAGGAGUGGACCAGUCAUCACUGAUUCGUGAAGUUGCGUUCAAAUCUGUCACAAGGAAUAUUGGUACAACCCAUUGGGGUUGGUGGCUCACAAACCUGCUGGAGCCCUUUGCUGCGGCAGACAGGCUGGUCAAGAACCCCUUUUAUUCCCCUCGUAUUGCUGAUCUCGGCAGACACCUGAUGUUCUUCAGCCACAAACACUACCGGGCGAAGAAGCGGUUACGGCAGUCCCGCGAGAUUGAGCGUCGAAAGGGUGGAGUCGAGCAUCAGUGGUACGACUGGGUGAUGUUCCGCCACCAGCAGGUGCUGCACUGCGGUGAGGCGUACAUGGAAAUGUAUUCCAUGGAGGUGAUGAUGGACGAGACGCAGGGGUGCACUGACCCACGGGCGCGGAAGUUGCUACGCGACAUUGGCUGGGUUUUCGCCCUUGCGCGGCAGCAGGACCGCCUUGAUUACAUCUUGACACAGCAGCUGUUGAGCCCUGGGAAAGCUAACGUGCUCGGCUCCCAUCUGGACAACCUCGUUACAGUUUUGGCAGCGCAGUGCAUUAACCUUGUGGAUGCAUUUCAGGUUCCAGAGUCGUUCCGUGCACCGUGUGCGGCUAACGAUGUGGAGCCGUACUGGACAAUUCCAGGUACUAACACUGGGAUCCAGCGCGGCGACAGGGUUGUGCUGUUUCAAACCAAGAAACAGAAGGGAGACACUAAGGCCGAACAGGAGAAUAUGCGGGAAUCAGAUGAGGAGUUCGAUCUCUUCCACGGAUUAGCAGACAAGCCCUCUUUUGCCCAAACAAAAUGA